AUGGCGAUGAUACUACAGCUAAUCGUGUCUCUCUGCACUCUGAUCUCAAUCACAGAGUCGAGUGAUGUGUUCAGAUCGGUUGGCAGUUCUGUUCAACUGGACAUACAGCAUCCUGUACCGAAGUUUGAUGAACUAAUCUGGGUUUUUAACAGAGUUAAUAAUGUUCUAAAAUAUUAUUCUGAAUUUAAAAAAACUAAACAGACUCCUGGUUAUGAAGGCAGAGUGGAGUUCAAUGAGGAAACCUACAGUCUGACACUGAAGAACUUACAGAAGACUGAUAGUGGACUGUAUGAAGCAAAAGCAUCUGGUGAUGAGGUCACAGUUGUUGCUGAGUACAGACUCUCUGUGUUGGAUCCAGUGGAGGCUCCAGUCCUGAAUCUCCAGCUAAGCAAUGACACCUGUAACAUCACUCUCACCUGUAGAGGUCAUGACCUCUCUAUCAACUCCAGCUGUUACAAGGAAACCUGUGAGGAGAAGGAAGUGACAUCACCUGGAGGCGUCACCCUUUCCCUGUCUGUCAGUGGCAGCACCAUCAUCUGUAAUCAUAGCAACCCAGUCAGCUGGAAGACGGAUGUUUUGGAGAUGAAAGAACUGGAACGACUCUGUGCUGAUGAAGGUGAAGGUUCAGUGUCUCCCUCUGCUGGUGUAUCUGUGUGUUUGCUGAAGACUGUGCUGUAUUCCAUCAUUCUGACUCUCAUGCUGUCUGCAGUCAUCACCGUCCACAUCAGAGAAAAACUGACCAAAUCAUCUUAAAGACAUGGAUGGUGUUACACAGUUUAUUAUAGCUGUUACAAUUACAUAAUACUCUCUAUUAUAAUCUACUCUACCGUAUAGCUGUACCUAACAGUCUCUCAUCACUUGCAAAGACUUUUAGCAUCACUG